GACUUUGCUUCUAUGUAGUUUUACAGAGCAGCUGAUCUGUCAUCUAAUUUGGUUAGCAUUGGUAUCGGGACACUGAAGGAGACAGAAGAACCCUGAAUCACUUCAGCAAAGAUGCAUUCAUGGAAAACCCUUAGUCUUCUUUUAGCAGUAACGCUCUUCUCUAUUUAUGAAGGGAAAGGUAAUAAAAAAGGUAGUCCAAUUAUUUCCACCAAAUAUGGGCGGUUAAAAGGAAAAAUUGUUGAAGUAAAGGGAACAAACAAAGCUGUCUAUGUUUAUCAAACAAUUCCAUUUGCAAAGGCACCUGUUGGAUCCCAAAGGUUUUCAGCUCCUGGAAAAUUAAAAUCAUGGAAAGGAGUAAGAGAUGCUGCAACCAUAUUUCCACCAAUGUGUUUACAACAAAAGGAACAAGUUGAUAUGUUAUUUAAUUAUUUGGGAAUCAAAACGCCUCCUCUGGAGAUGAACGAAGAUUGUUUGUACUUGAAUGUCUACACUCCAGUACCACCAAAUGAAAUGACAAGAGUACCGGUAAUGGUGUUUAUCCACGGUGGAGGCUUAAUGUUUGGUGGUGCCUUUCUGAACGAUGGCUCAUCCCUGGCAGCGUAUGGAAAUGUAGUGGUUGUAGUAAUCCAGUACAGACUUGGUGUGUUUGGAUUCUUCAGCACUGGUGAUAAACAUGCUCGUGGAAACUGGGGUUUCCUUGAUCAAGUUGCCGCUCUGCAGUGGGUACAAGACAACAUCAAGAACUUUGGUGGCAAUCCAGGUUCUGUAACCAUUUUUGGGCAGUCAGCAGGAAGUUCAAGUGUCUCCUUGCAUGUUAUAUCUCCUUUGUCUGAGAAUCUGUUUCACAGAGCAAUUUCUCAGAGUGGUUCAGCAAUAAUGCCUGGAUUCUUCAGCAAAGACCCACAACAAGUUGCAAAGACGAUUGCUAACUUUUCGGGAUGCGAUACACUCAGUUCUGCAUCUAUGGUCAAGUGUUUAAGAGAGAAAAAUGCAGAAGAAGUACUCAAUUCUACACGUUUCUUGAGAACGCUUUCAGUGCCACCAGUUAUAGAUGGAGUAUUUUUAACAAAAUCACCUGAGGAACUUCUGCCUGCAAAUCAAAUCAAACGUGUCCCUUACUUGCUUGGUGUUACCAAUCAUGAAGCAGCGGGUUUGAUUUCUUCAACAUUCCUGCCAAAAGGAUGGCAAGAGGGAGUAGACCGACCAACUGUAGAAUCUGUUGUAGGUAUCAUCUGCCGCAAUAUGGGUAUGGGAGAGGAACUUCAACAGUUAAUUGUAAAAGAAUACUUUGAAGAUAUCAAAGACCCCAUUCAGCUGCGGGAUCUUAUUGUUGAAUUUAUAGGUGAUGUAUUUAUUGUUAUCCCAACAUUCAGGGCUGCAAAGUACCACAGAGAUGCUUGCCACCCAGUAUAUUUUUAUGAGUUCCAGCACCGUCCCAGUAUAUUUGCAGCUAGGAGACCAGCCUUUGUAAAAUCUGAUCAUGCGGAUGAGAUUGGCUUUGUUUUUGGUAUGCCUUUCUUAACUGGAGAAAUGAUAUUGUAUGAAAAUUCAACUGAAGAAGAAAAAUCAUUCAGCAAAAUGGUUAUGAGCUAUUGGAGUAACUUUGCAUACACUGGAUGCCCUAAUGGAAAAGGUCUCUUACACUGGCCAGCAUUUGAUUCCAGCGAGGAGUACAUGCAGCUAAACAUAAAACCAAGCAUAGCAGCACACUUUAAGGAGAAAAGAGUGGCAUUCUGGACAGAGGCAUUCCCUGAAAAAUAAAAGAAAUGGCUGAAAGAAUGACCAUUCUGACUUGCAACAUUUUUAAAAUAUCAUUAUGUAUUUACUCCAAAACAUAUACUAAAAAACAAGACAUGCAGAACCAUGCAAAUAAAUUAUGUCAGGACUUUUAGAAUAUCUCUCUUUAUAUAGCUUCAUUGCCUUGUAGGUAAGGAAAUAUAUUUUACAUUCUGUAACAAUGUAUUUUUAGGAAAAAACUGACAUUCAAUAAAGACAGAUAAUGUAACACCACAAAACAGUGAAUAUUUGGUGUUACAAAUUUAUUAAAAUAUGAACUAUUCUACUGAAAGAUGUAUGCUACUGGUACAUGGAAAAUGUUAGGUCACAUGUUCUAGAUACGUACAAGCUGUACUCCUACCUAUUUUACACAUAAGCACUAACUAAUAAGGAUUAUUAUCAUGUAACUGAAGAGCUUCCCUCCCUCUGUUAUAAAUAUGAACUUGUAACUUACAAUUCAUUUUCCAGUUGUAGUUGUGCACUAACAGGUCUUGCUCCAAUCAAUUAAAAUACAGAUUAUUAUAGUGAAAAUAUAUGCUACCAAAAUGUCAGAUAGAAAAUGUUCAGUCAAGUUUUCUAGAUCAGCUGACUGUACACCAUCUUCUCUUACAUUGAAGUAGUUAUGAGUUAUUCUCCUCUAUCUCAUACAUAUUUUUUUAUACAUAAACCAUAACUAAUAAAGAUUGUUAUGACAUAA